AAAGUAGGCCAAAAAGAGUCAAAAUCCCCUAACCCCAAAAGAGGAGGGAGAGGAAGACUCAAAAAAAGUCUCGAACUUUACAAACUCCGUUCACAAACACCACCUCUCUCUCACUUCUCAGACCCUCCAUCUCUCACAAAGGACAGAUCAAAAAGGAGAGAGGGAGUGUUUUUGGGUGUGAAAAUUUUCACUUUUUGCUGUUUUUGGCGCCCUCAAGUCUCAACCUUCCUUCCUCGAACCCUCCUCCCACGACCACAACCCACCAUUCCAAGAUUCUCCCCACGUCCUCUGUUCGAUUCCCCGCAAACCCAUCUAAACUCUUAAGUCCACCCAUCUCGUUCUCUCUCUCUCUCCAUGGUAUUUGGCAAAUUGCUUGCUUGCUUGCUCUGCUAUUAACUCCAAUUCACUGUUUCAGUCUUCUCUCUCUCGUCUCUUCAGCUUCUUCUUCUUCAAUUCUCAUGGCUUCCCUGAAACACUUGCCUGCUGUAAAGGGCGCGAAAGUGCUCAUGGUUGGGGCAGGUGGUAUUGGCUGCGAGCUCCUUAAGACUCUCGCUCUCUCUGGCUUCCAAGACAUUCAUAUUAUAGACAUGGACACUAUAGAAGUCAGUAACCUCAACAGACAAUUCCUCUUUCGACAAUCACAUGUUGGGCAAUCCAAGGCUAAAGUUGCUCGGGAAGCUGUCUUAAAAUUUAGGCCUCACAUAAGCAUUACUCCAUACCAUGCAAAUGUUAAGGAUUCUGACUUCAACGUGGACUUCUUUAAGGAAUUUAAUGUUGUAUUGAAUGGACUUGACAACUUAGAUGCGAGGCGACAUGUGAAUCGCCUAUGCUUGGCAGCUGACGUUCCCUUGAUUGAAAGUGGGACAACUGGGUUCCUUGGACAGGUGACUGUACAUGUGAAGGGAAGAACAGAGUGCUAUGAAUGCCAACCAAAACCUGCUCCUAAAACUUAUCCUGUCUGUACCAUUACCAGUACUCCAUCAAAGUUUGUUCACUGUAUUGUAUGGGCGAAGGAACUUCUCUUCGCAAAAUUGUUUGGGGACAAGAAUCAGGCAAAUGAUUUGAAUGUCCGCUCUAGUGAUGGUGCCAGCUCAUCAAAGCAGGCAGAAGAUGUAUUUGAACAUAGAAAAGAUGAAGACAUUGAGCAGUAUGGAAGGAGAAUAUAUGAUCAUGUGUUUGGUUAUAACAUUGAGGUAGCUUUGUCUAAUGAGGAUACUUGGAAGAACCGCAACAGACCAAAGCCUAUAUACAGUAGUGAGUUCAUGCCUAAUGAUCUCAGUCAACAGAAUGGAAAUAUGGAAAAAAAUGGUGCAGCCAAUGAUAUAUCUUCAGUAUCUGCCAUGGCAUCUCUAGGAAUGAAGAAUCCACAGGAUGUAUGGAGCCUUAAGGAAAAUUCCAGAGUCUUUCUUGAGGCUUUGAAAUUAUUUUUCCUGAAAAGGGAAAAGGAGAUUGGAAAUCUGACUUUUGAUAAAGAUGAUCAGCUAGCUGUGGAAUUUGUUACUGCUGCUGCCAAUAUAAGGGCCGCUUCCUUUGGAAUCCCAUUGCAUAGCCUUUUUGAAGCUAAAGGCAUUGCUGGUAAUAUUGUACAUGCUGUUGCAACAACGAAUGCUAUUAUUGCUGGGUUGAUUGUCAUUGAGGCAAUCAAGGUGCUGCAAAAUGAUACAAAGAAUUAUAGGAUGACUUAUUGUCUGGAACAUCCAACAAGAAAAAUGUUGCUCAUGCCAGUGGAACCAUUUGAGCCUAACCGGUCUUGCUAUGUCUGUUCAGAGACACCAUUAUCUCUAGAGAUCAAUACUCAUCGUGCAAAGUUGCGGGACUUCGUAGAAAAGAUAGUUAAAGCCAUGCUUGGGAUGAGCUUGCCGCUCAUUAUGCAUGGCUCAGCCCUUCUUUAUGAAGUCGGUGAUGACCUGGAUGAAGAAAUGGUUGCAAAUUAUGCAGCAAACCUUGAUAAGGUUCUGUCUGAGCUUCCUACUCCAGUUACCAGUGGAACCAUGCUGACAAUUGAGGAUCUUCAGCAAGAACUAUCAUGCCAGAUCAAUAUUAAGCACAGAGAGGAAUUUGAUGAGGAGAAGGAGCCCGAUGGAAUGGUUCUCUCUGGGUGGACUCAAGCUCCUUCAGUGGUAAAGGAUGACAAGGAGUCUAUUGCAAAUGCUGGAAGCACAUCAAAUGAACCUCCAGUGGAGGCUGAAAAGAAUGAUGAGAUUGAAAUGACUACUGGAAAGAAAAGAAAGCAGUCCGAGGUUUCCGAGGCUGUCGAUCCAGAUUUAUCAAGUGUUGAUGGGGAUACAAGAAAUCCCGAUAAGUUGCAAGUUCUCGAUGAUGAUGAUGAGCUUACGAUAUUUGAUAAUUGGGAUUCGGUCACCAACAAGAAGAUAAGAAUGCAAUAGUUCUUCCUUGGAUUUCAUGUGGAGGCCUCAGUCCUAAUUUUGUACCACUAGUGAGAAGCAUUGAUUCUUUUGGCGGGCUCAUAAUUGCUAUUAUUAGGUCGAGCCGGUACAAAUUAAAUGGUCGUUUGGUUCCCUCUUUUUGUGGGUGUAAGUGUAAUGUGUAUUCUUCCUAACUUAGUUGACAGAGUUUUAGCAGUGUAACAUGAAGAGAACCAUAACUUAGGAACGCACCUGAAAUGACAUCAGUUACCAAACAAGUGCCCAUGAAUUUCAAACCUC